AUGACAUCCUCAACUACGGACGGUCCACCAUGUUUUCCGCUGAUGGACUUGUUUCGAAGAUUGGCAUCGGCUGGAAGCUUAGUGGUACAGCAAGAAAAAGGUCGUAUGGUGGCUUUGGUGGAACCAAAAACAAAGCAGAUUGGGGAACGUUUGUCCAAUUUGGGAAAACCUCUGAACUCCAAACCUCAGGAAAUGCCUGAUGAGGGUGAAAUUGUAUUCAUCGUUGAAGACGAUGUUGAACUCUCGGGGAAGGGAGACGAACAUACCGAUGAAGCGGUAGAAGCGGAAGUGUUAGAUACCAAUGGGAUCUAUUCUUCCCCGACAUCAGAAUCACCUCCUUCUUCUCAGACUCCGCUUGAAGUUUCAUCUGAACUACCACCUGAAGCGUCAUCUGAACAAUCACAGGAAGCGCAAGUCACUGAACCAACACCUACCAUACAAAAACAAGAAAAGCCAGAAGAAAAGCAGCAAGCACAAAAGAAGAAGCAAGUGAUACUGAAAAUACCACCCAUCGCGCGAAAGAUUUUUGGCUUGGAUGUUGUGAUGGAAUCUGGCUUGGAAGAUCUCGAAGAUGAAGUCACGGAGCGGAACGACGAUGACGAUGAUGAUGUUGACGAUGACGGAAAAGAAGCAGCAGCAGAAUCCUCAUCAGGGAAUCGCCGUGCCUCUUGCAUUCGCUGGUCCGAGAAAAGUGAUGAUCCCGACGCUCUGAAUGUAACGGUACAUGAAGUCGAAUGCAUCAAAGACCGGACCGACAUGUGGUGGCAGGGAUCCGAGUUUGACACGAUGAAGAAAAGUGUCACGGAGGCGAUCCGCUUUUGCAAGUCGUACAACCGAAAUCACGUCGAGUUGUUGGAAGAUAUCAUGCGUUGCGAUUGUUUGGAAGAUGAAGACUUAAUGAAAGAUUUGUUGAAGGAUUUGCUGUCGACCUCCGAUUCAGCAUCGGAAUCCUUUUUGAGGGGCCUAGAAGGACACUUGUCGAAGCUCAUCAGCAAGCAUCGCAUGCGACAUUCCAAAAAAGUAUUGAGCGUUCAAAAAGGUCUAAAGGACAGUAGGACUUUGGAAGAAACUUGGGAGCUACUGCGGGAAGAAUCUCUCGACAAGAGUCAACUCUUGUCCGCUUUUGCACGCAGAAUGGGACAAUUUGAUGAAAUGGUGGUUGCCAAGGCACAAAAGAAGCCACGGGCAUCACUGUGGGGUGUAUAA